UAAAACAAGACACCACUUCUCUCAUCGGAUUAACAUUCGAAACGAAGAUACACGAAGUUUACAGAAGAAUUCUAUUUUUAGCAAUUUAAUUCCCCAGUCUCUGACCCAUUGCACCGCCUUAUCUCUCUCAUUCCAUUUUUAGAAUGAUUUUAGACUCUAUCCGUUAGGAACUUGGUCCCUUAGCCGAUUCGGUAUGGGUGUUAAUUUGGGAUUUUCUAAACUUUAGUAUAUAUAAAUAGCUUGCUCGGUUUGAAGCAUAUCAAUCAAAACCACACUCAUAUCUUGUUUUCUUAAAGGGUAAAAGCUUCUUCUUUGUUCAUUGUAUUUCAAGAAUUUGGAUCUGGAUAAUUUCUCUACUAGAAGUUUUAAUAAUGGAAUAUUGGGCUUCUUCCAACUCUCAAAUGGAUGGUGAAUCAUCGGAUGAUUUCUUUAACAGUGAUCAGGAUUAUUUGAACUUAGAAGACUGUUAUGAUGAUGGGUGGUGCAACGAUUCUCAGAUGAAUGAUCAUCUCUUUGCUAAUUUUCCAUCAUCAUCAUCUUUUGUUGAUGCAUCAAAUUUUGUUGAACAAACCAAUCCUCCUUAUAAUAUCAUGACUGGAUCUUAUGACAACAUGUUUCAACAGGAUGAUGAUUCCUUUUUCAGGGAAAAUAGUGUUUGUAGAAAUGUCUCAGAGGAUGAAAACUAUAAUAAUAUAUUAAUCCCGAGAUCACUUACAAAGCCUCUGUCUGAAAAGAUCCUCAAGGCAUUGACUUUGUUUAAAGAUUCCUCUAGAGAUGGGGUUUUAGCACAGUUAUGGGUUCCAUACAAGCAAGGGGAUCGUCAUUUCUUAAGUACUUGCGAUCAACCGUACUUGCUCGAUGAGACACUCUCUGGUUACCGUGAUGUGUCGAGGAUGUUUACUUUCUCAGCCGAGGUUAAAACUGGUUUUACCUCGGGACUUCCUGGUCGUGUCUUUUCCUCCAAAGUUCCUGAAUGGACAUCUAAUGUAGGUUACUACAAUAAGGAGGAGUAUUUGAGGGUGGAACAUGCUGUUAAUCAUCAUAUUCGGGGUUCUAUUUGCAUACCGGUUUUCGAGAUUGAUACUGAUGAAAAUAGUUCAUGUUGUGCUGUUCUAGAACUCGUUACGAGGAUUGAGAAACCGGACUUCGAUCAGGAGAUGGAGAAUGUUUGCGCUGCACUUCAAGCUGUGGAUUUGAAGAGCACUUCUCGUCCUCGAUUUAAUCCUCAGUUGCAGUGUAUAUCCAAGAAUCAGAGGGCUGCUUUAGCCGAGAUAACUGACGUCUUAAGGGUGAUAUGUCAUGCCCAUAAUCUACCUUUGGCUUUAACCUGGAUUCCCUGUAGUUACAACCAAGGGAUCGGUUAUGAAGCUACCCAAGUACAAAUAAAAGGUUGUAAACCUCUUGGUCCUAACAAAAGAUGCAUUCUCUGUAUCCAAGUUUCGGCUUGCUAUGUACACGAUCAAGACCUGAAAGGUUUCGUUCUUGCAUGUGAAGAAAAUUAUCUGGAAGAAGGCCAAGGUGUAGCCGGAAAAGCUUUUCUUUCGAAUCAUCCCUUCUUUUUUGCCGAUGUGAAGAGUUAUGACAUCUAUCAGUACCCGUUAGUUCAUCAUGCGCGGAAGUUCAACUUGAAUUCUGCUGUUGCAAUCCGGUUGAGGAGUACUUUCACUGGUGAUGAAGACUAUAUUAUUGAGUUCUUUCUUCCUAACCAUAUAAGUGGAACCAUGGAGCAACAGAUAUUGCUAAACAACCUUGCUGGAACCAUGCAAAAGGUCUGCAAGAGCUUGAGGACGGUUUCUGAUACAGAAAUGUUGGGUAAGAAGUAUUUAUUCAACGAAAUGACAAUAUUGGAGUCCUGCCCGGUUAGUUAUGUACAGGUGAAUAAAGAAGUAUUAAAGAGGAAGAUGCCAAAAAAACGAACUAGUGUUGAGAAAAAUGUCAGUUUCAGUGUUCUUCAAAAAUACUUUUCGGGAAACUUAAAGGAUGCUGCUAAAAGCCUUGGCGUUUGCCCAACAACACUCAAAAGGAUAUGCAGACAACAGGGAAUCUCAAGGUGGCCGUCCCGUAAGAUAAAUAAAGUGAAUCGUUCUUUGAAGAGAAUCCAAACCGUGCUCGACUCUGUUCAAGGGGUCGACAGUUCAAUGAAGUUGGACCCCUCUACUGGGGAACUUGUUUCAGCUCAACCAAUUCCUACCCGAGAACCUGAUACAGGGAAGGACUUUUCUAUGACUCCUAAUUUUGUGUUUGGAGUACCUUCUCAAAAUUGCGAUGAACUUCCUUUAGCUGCUAAUGAGGUUGAUACUUUUAUCAUUCCUGAUGAUCUGAAAGAACUUAACCAACCCACUUCAUCGGGUAUGACAGACUCCUCAAACGGGUCAGGUUCAACUGCGCAAGUUAGUUCCUCGAGUACUCCAAGCUUUGGCUUUGGCGAAAGGCAAAACAAUAGAAUCUAUUCUAAUAUUGGUGGAUCAAAGAUCACUGUGAAAGCCACUUUGAAAGGAGAUACAGUAAGGUUUAAAUUUGAUCCUUCUGUUGCUGGAAGUGUUAAACUAUACCAAGAAAUAGCCAUGAGGUUUAAAUUACAUGUGGGGUCAUUCGAGCUGAAGUAUUUGGACGAUGAACAAGAAUGGGUGAUGCUUGUAGACAAUUCUGAUCUACAGGAGUGCCUUGAGAUUCUAGAUUUAGUUGGCACUCGAACUGUGAAGUUUCUAGUUCGUGAAACUAAUGACAUAAUGGGAAGCUCUAGCAGUAGUAACUCUUUAAUGGUAAGAGACAAGUGAUGAUAUUUUAAUUACUUUUCGAGGAAAAACAGGGUCGUGGCUUGCAAGAACUCGGUUAUAGGUCAGCUAGUUUGAGUUUGUAGUGUAAUGGUUUGUAGUGUAAUGGUCUAUAGGUUUGUAAGUUAGUGUAUUAUGGUUUAUAGGUUUGUAAGUUAUAGAGUUGGAAAUUAAUAUAUAAUGUUUUAGUUAUAGUUGAGAUUGUCAUAUUAUUAUCAUAUGUUUGGUUUCUGAAUCAAUGCCCUUUCUAUAAUUGUCUAUGUUGUGAUACAUUUUCAUUAAACUAAACCAAUUAAGUAGA